CAUGCUGGUGUCCACGUUGCAGCCUGGAACGAGACUGAAUACGGUGUCCCUGACCCCAUGACCAGGAAAGAAGCAGAUAUGAUUUUACCAAUCGUGCUCCAGUACCUCUGCCCAGUCUAUAUCUCAUUCUUCGGCCUCGGGGCGGUGUCUGCUGCCGUGAUGUCAUCAGCUGACUCCUCAAUUUUAUCUGCAAGUUCUAUGUUUGCCCGGAACAUUUACCAGCUUUCCUUCCGGCAAAAUGCUUCAGACAGGGAAAUCGUGUGGGUCAUGAGAAUCACUGUGUUCCUAUUUGGAGCCUCAGCAACAGCAAUGGCACUGCUAGCUUCGUCAGUGUAUGGUCUGUGGUACCUCAGCUCUGACCUUGUCUAUAUCAUCAUAUUCCCCCAGCUCCUGUGUGUGUUGUUUAUUAAAGGAACCAACACCUACGGUGCCAUUGCAGGAUACUUGUUUGGCCUUGUUCUCAGAAUAACUGGAGGAGAACCAUACCUCUACCUUCAGCCCCUGAUCUACUAUCCUGGCUGCUACCCAGAUGAAAACAACAUCUACACCCAGCGGUUCCCGUUUAAAACACUUGCUAUGCUUACUUCCUUCUUUACUAACAUUAUAGUCUCCUACUUAGCCAAAUACUUGUUUGAGAGUGGGACUUUGCCACCAAAGCUGGACUUCCUCGAUGCUGUUGUUGCCAGGUACAGUCGAGAACACAUGGACAAAGCAACUCUUGUAAAAAGUGACAAUAUUGUGCUAAAUGAACUCGCCCCUGUGAAUCCACGGCACAGUCUCACUUUGAGCUCCACUUUCACAAACAAGGAAGCCUUCAAUUACGUCGACUCGAGUCCAGAGCUGUCCAACACUGAAGAUAAUUAA